UAUUAGACAGCCUACCAGUUUGAAAGCUUCAUUCAUACUAUUCUUAACAGCGUUGCAUUGGAUAUAUAGGAAUUAAUUUUAAUAUAUCAAUUUAAUGGUAUUUUUUAAAACUAUGUGUAUUGGAAUCAUGUUUUACACUUUUACAAUGAUUGCUUGAAAAUUAGGCGAAACAAUGACUUUUGUUUGUAAAUAAAUAUAAUUGCUAACUACAGUAAAAUAUCACUAUGUGUAAUUUAAUUUUGAAACUGUUACAAUGUUUUGUUAUUUUAAACAAGGAUUAAAAUUUUCUCAAGGUGACUGUAAAGUACGAACAUUUAAAUGAAAUAUGGCCAUUUAUUAAGUUAUAUAUACGCUUGGAAAAGAGUAUUUGAAACUAAUGAUAACAACAUUUAUGCAUCUAUAAGUGUUUAUCAUUUACGGAAGUUAUAUAAAACUACUUUUGACGAACAAGUAUACCACCAUACAAACAGAAUGGCUUGUUUGAACGGUACGAAUGAGUCUUGCAGUGUCGGUGCAAACAUUUCCUAUUACAACGAUAUGGAAGGUCCAUUAAUAUCCGAGUGGGGAUUCUGGGUAAAAUUUAUAUCAACACCAAUUGUUGUUUUCGUGGGAGUAAUUGGUAACAGCUUAUCAAUUAUGGUGAUGAAAACAAAGCCUUUGCGUCAAAAGUCAUAUUCUCAUUUUUUAUGUGCUCUUGCAGUGUUUGACACAAUGUCACUGAUCAUCCGCCAGGUGGAAUGUGUAGAUGAAUACUUUGUAUCACACAAAGCUAAACCUGGGAUAUUUCAAAAUUUUGAUGACUCUAGUUGUAAAUUAUACAAUUAUAUGUCACAUGUCAUCACAAUGAUGAGUUCGUGGCUUGUUGUUUUUAUGGCUCUUGAAAGGCUGAUAGCUGUGUGUUUUCCAUUCAAAAAUGCAGCAAUUCGUAAGCAAACAGGAGCCCUUACUGCAAUUGUUAUUCUGAUAAUUGUUGUUCUUUUCAGCCAGUCAUUCCGUUUUAUUAUGAUUGAACAUCUUGUAUAUGAUCCCUACUUCAACAUAUGGGACUGUCUAGCUGGCGAGGAUUAUCUUGCACUGUAUACAAGUCUUGACGUGUAUUUCUUUCAGUGGGGUCUGAUUUUUGUGAUACCGUUGAUCUUAAUAAUCACGUGUAACAGUAUGGUGAUUUACCAAAUAUUUAAAGUAAAGAAAGCUGUAAGCAAAGAUGAAAGAAGUCUAACACGAAGGGAGGGCGGCGGUAGAGGGAGAAAAAAUCGAAGCACAGUGAUGCUGUUGACAGUGACCUUCACAUAUAUAUUGACACUCCUGCCAUUGUUUACACUCAGUAUGGUCAUGGAUUUGACAAUUAAAUUUGGAAAUAUGGACACAGUAAGAAAUGUAUACCUUACAUUGACGCCAUAUAUUGACGUCUGUGCCGCGAUUUCGUUAUUGAAUUAUGCUGUAAACUUUUUCAUUUAUGUUUUAUCUGGGAAACGGUUUCGAUGUGAACUUGAACGACUUAUAAGAAAGCGAAAUACUAGUGUUAAAAGAACGUUUACUGCAAGAAGUACACGGGAGGAGUUAUUCCGAAUGUAGGUAGCUAGAAGAGUCUGCUAUCUUAUUUGUGAGAUAUGACAAAUUUGUGUAUACGACAUAAUUGAUUAACUGAACACGAAAACAAUCAAUUUAUCGCAGAAAGUAUAUACACUUUUGUGAAAUUCCAUUUAAUGUUGAGAGGAAUUGAUUCAAAAGCUAAUGACAUUAAAUGUUUUAUAGUUAUAAGUAUAUGAUCAAUAACGUCUUGGUUUUCGAGUAUUAUGCAAAUAGUGUACUAUGACCUUAUUUCAAAUUAGAAUAAAGUUUCCUUAUACAUGCAUGCAUAUUUUUUGUAAAUAUCAAAAAAAUCAAAAUUGAGAGGUCAAAUUGUUCUGUAUUAAAAAAAAAGACAAUAGAAGAAUAAUUUAUUACUUGUUU